AUGUCUGACAGAUAUGAUGGUGGCGGUACCGUAGCGAAAAUAGUGAAAAGGUUGUAUUUCGGUGCUGUAAAUCAGCGGAACGCAUUGACGCUGACAUUGAACUUUUUCGUGAAUUUCUCGCCGAUUCUACUCUGGCUAAUCAUUUUCAAAAAUGCCGGCGCCAUACCGAUUGAAGUAAGGCCCAAGAUACACAGCAAAGCUGCAUUUCUCUUAGACAUUUACCUCUUUGGUGAUCUUUGGAACGAACUGUUGUUUCAGUACAACAAUGACCGCUACCGGAUGGCGACUUUUGUGACGUCUUUUGCAUUUGCGGUAGUGUGUCUCGUGCUGAUUCCCGUGGCAAUUUGGUACUUCAUCUACUAUGUGAAGAAAGUGAAGUACAACGUGAUCGAGUGGUACGACCACAUUUUCCACUUCAGCAGCAGAUCGAAUCCCAAGAGAUUGCGGGUUUUGGUGGUUCCGUUCCUUCUGCCGCUGGUCGCGUUUCUUCUACUCAACUUCGAGCACACCUUUGCUGUUCAGACAAACGAGAAUUUUCAAAAAUGGAAGGACAUUCUAGCAUGGUUUUCAUACGUCAUUUUGCAUCUGACCGCACCCAUUCUCACGGCGGUUUAUCUGUAUGUGUUCCAUCCACCGGGAACGGUGAAGUGUUUUGCAUUGGCUCUUGGGUUGCAGAACUUGAUGGGUGUUUGCACGCACCUCCUCCUGCCGAUGGCUCCACCGUGGUUCGUCCAUCUCUACGGUAUCAACGACGUCGAGCAUGUCAAUUACACCCAGAAGGGCUACGCGGCGGGGCUUACCCGUGUGGACUCACAUUUGGGCACGCAUUUGAACAAUGCUGGCUUCCACUUGUCGCCCAUUGUGUUUGGCGCGGUGCCCUCCUUGCACUCAGCGAUGGCGGUUCAGUGUUUCCUGUUCUUGGUCACAAGGUCAACUACGCUGAAAAACAGGUUUACUGCCCAGACCGCUCAUGGACUCGAUGCCGCCAAAAGUCCCGAGGAUCUGGAGCUCGCAAGCGUCGACGGGACUUCCCAGGAGGUUGAUCAAGAAUCGCUCGUCAGCUCCACCGUGGAGCGCGAGAACGACGGCGAAGUCAUCAGCUACCUGAAAUACUACCAUCAGGACCCUUCUCUGACCAACAGAUGGUAUUUUACCAUCUUCAACAAAGCCAUCCUGCCCCGCUUUCUCGGAACCGGCUUCAUCAUUUUGCAAUGGUGGGCAACGAUGUAUCUCGACCACCACUACCGUUUCGAUCUUUUUAUCGGCGUCCUGUACGCCCUCUUCAUGCAUAUCCUGAUCAACAAUCUGAUCCUACAACCACGCGUGCUGACUCGCUGGAUCCAAAUCAGAACCGGUCAGGAGCCAGAUACUAAGAACGAAGGCAGAACCCUCGGAAUGCGGGUGUUCGAAAACACCAGAUUCGAGUGGUUCUUCGACCCAUUAGCAUAA